ACGUGUCUCUCUCACUCUGCGCUUGCACACUCCCCAGAACCAAAUAGAAGCGACACGAAGACCUGACAUUUCCAUUCAACGGGGGCCAUUUUUCGUCUCCGACCCAGAAAAGUACAGAGAAAGCAGAGAGCGUUUCUGACGUUCCAGAAAUCACCUGAGAUCGGUGAUGGUCGUUUCAAGAUUCCUCGUUUUUUUUUAAAGGGUCUUUGUAUUUUUGAAUUCUCUGUGCGUGUCUUGGUGGGUGGGUGGGUGUUUGUGAGAGAGAGAGAGAGAGAGAGAGAGAGAGAGUUUUUGGAGAUGCACAUGGGCUCGAUGAGGAAGUCGUUCAAGGACUCUCUGAAGGUGCUUGAGGCAGACAUUCAGCAUGCGAAUACCCUAGCAUCUGAUUUUCCAAGGGAUUAUGACGGUGCUUGUCUUCAGAUGAGAUUGUCGUACAGUCCAGCUGCACAUUUCUUUCUUUUUCUAGUGCAGUGGACAGAUUGUCACUUAGCUGGUGCCCUUGGGUUGGUGAGAAUUCUGAUUUUCAAGGUCUAUGUUGAUGGCACAACAACCAUGUCAACCCAUGAAAGAAGAGCUAGCAUCAGAGAGUUCUAUGCGGUAAUUUAUCCGUCAUUACUGCAACUUCAAAAAGGUGUGACUGAUACUGAAGAUAGAAGGCAGAAGACUCUGUGCGUGGAGAGGUAUAGAAGGAGAGAAGAGGAGGAACAUAGGCAGUAUGCAGAUAUAGAAUUCGAAAAGGAAGAUGAAUGUGGAAUAUGCAUGGAAAUGAAUAGUAAGAUUGUGCUGCCCAACUGCAGCCACGCCAUGUGCCUCAAAUGUUAUCGGGAUUGGCGGACAAGAUCGCAGUCGUGCCCCUUCUGCCGGAACAACCUCAAGAGAGUAAACUCGGGCGAUCUUUGGAUAUUCAUGGACAGCAGGGAUGUAGUUGACGUGGCAACCGUGACGAGGGAGAAUCUUCGGAGGCUUUUCAUGUACAUAGAUAAGUUGCCCCUGGUCGUUCCCGAUAAUCUCUUUGAAACAUAUGAUUCUCACAUAAGGUGAUUAAAAACCGUUCGAAACCGAAAACCGUUGUCCGAGCUUUUCCUCCUCCUUGAUGGGUCCUGACAUUUUCAUCCUGAUAUGAGGGACAGCAUCGUAGGUUGUUGGUUGGUCCUGCCUCUUCAUGUCAGAAGAACCAGCCUGAUUUAUUGUGGGCUGGAGAGGGAAAGUUCAGAUCAGACUAGGUGGUUCAUCUUCAUCAGAAGUUCUACACAAACAUCUGCACUUACCAAUUCUCACAUCUGUAUAUAUAAUUUGUAAAGAUUCUUAGUGGGUUAAGUACUCUCUUUUGGCCUUCAAAAGAGAGAGAGAGAGCUUUUACUAGAUCAGCAAUCUUGCUGUUUGACUCGUUCAU